UAAAUGAAGGUACAAUAAAAUGUUAUUCCUCACACCUCUUAAUAGUGUCACAUAUUUAAAAAAAAAAGUAUAAUUACCAGCUAAAAUCACUGCUGUUGCACAUUCAGAGUGUGGCAGGAAAGCUGCUCAGGUCAGGAAUGUCAUAUAGGAAGUUGUCUAGAAUUAGACUUCCUGCUYGUCCCAUAGUUUCUCUGGGUGGAGGUGCUGCUGGGUUAUAAGGGAAUGAUGGAGGCAAAGAGAGGAGAGUGUUUUCUGCUUUUCGGACACCUUUACAGUGAAACACAGCAACUAGAUGCCUUCAGUUUUUACAUUUUUUUACACUGCAGAACAAAACUUCAAGUGUCCAAACUGAAAAAGCAAGAAAAUGGCUAAAUGUCUUCAAACCCCAACUUCAGUAGAAGUUCUGAAUGAUGAAAAUAUUUAGUUUUAAUGUGAGACUGAUUUGUCAUAUUUUCAUCUUGCAGGACAGCUGUAAAUAUCCUUUAUCUUGUUAGAGAAGCAGGAGAGAUGGCGCGUUCAGAAAGACAGCCGAGGGAGGAAACACUCGACUUCAGUGAGGCUGGCUGUCAGUGUGACGAGACUAGAGAACAGUAGCAGUAUUCUCCUCCCUCUGUUUCCUGCCGGCCUCUCAGCAGAGGAUGUGACUGAGAGAGAGGGUGCGUGUGAGGGGAAAAGGGGAAAGCCGUCAGUAGAAUGGAUCUGUGCCCUCUCUCCUCCACCCUUUCUUCUCCUUCCUCCUCUCCUCUGUCUCCUCGCUGGCUGUCUUCACCCUCCUCCGCCUGCGUUGUGCCCUGGGCACAAGUGUUGGCCCUUCGGGGGAACAGGAAUCUCGCCGGGUGGACGGGGGACUGAAAACUGAACUUCAAUGUCAGCCGGAGAGCAGAAGAAUGAUGGUGACAGACCUAAAGAUUUGGUGUCAGAGGGCACAGUGUGGCCAGAGGUGGAGAGGGCGGAGCGACUGGCGCGUGGCGCUGCUCUGAAGUGGGCGUCGGGCGUUUUCUGUCGCCCUGAACAUCUGGAGCGACUGAGCCAGUACAAGAAGAGGGAGAGUCAGAGGACCGCCUCGGUUCACACCAGACUAAAGUCGAUGGUCCAAUCGUACCUGGAGGGGGUGGGCUGGGGACUGGAGCAGCUUCGAGAGGCCCGAGCCGAGCUGAAGGAGGUGUCCCACACACUGAAGAAGGCAGGACUGGAAUCAGAUGGAAACAUCGAGAACCUGAGAUCUCUGGAGAGGCUGAGGGAGGUGUCCGUCACCCACCGUCAGCUGCUCGCUGCCGUCAGCAACCUGCCUCGACUUUACUCCGUGCGAAGCAUGGUGCUGGAGACGGAGCGUCUGGUGGAGUCCCGCCGGCUCCUGGAGGCCCACACCCGGCUCAUGGAUCUGGAGCGAUGGCAGGACGACAUCCUCUGGCAGCUCCACGGGGCGGCUGGGACGACAGGAAGUGCUCUCAGCCUCGAGGACCAGGAGCUGGUGGGCAGAUAUUUUUCUGGAGUGGGUCAGCUGGUGGACGCCCUGGGGAAGGAGCUGUGGGCGGUGGUGAGCAGUGCUCUUGCUCUGGCCCGACAGAACCCCACGCCGUUUGUGUCGGCCGUGAGGAUAGUGGAGCGUGAGGAGGCCCUGGACCGAGCUCUGCUGGUGGAGAGAGGGGAGGCCGGAGGUAGGCCCCUGCCUCCUGGACGACCCCGCUGCUGGAGAGCAUCCUUCUUCCAGGUACUAGAGGAGGCCGUGCUGGCCAGGUUUCGGAGCGUGUCCUACCUGCACACGCGUGGUCCGGGCCUGGCGGGGCACCUCUCUGCGCUGCAGCACGGCAUCAUGGCUGACCUCGCCACAGUGCGCCACCUACUGGAGCACUGCGUCCCAACACACUACCAGCUGACUGCAGCCUACCUGAGGGCCAGCCACCACUGUUUACACACUCACCUGGCUCAGGUUAGCAGCUGGGAUCUGGAGAGUGGUGAAAUAUUUGCCGUGCUCAACUGGGUGCUGCACAUCUACAGCAGCCCAGAUAUGAUGGGACACCCGGAGCUGGUGACUGAUAUUGAGAGAGCAGAACUGGGUCCGCUCAUCUCCACUGAGRGUCUGGAGCAGCUGCAGGCCAAAUACGUACAAAGUGUUCGGAAGAGCGUGUCAGAGUGGAUGCACAAAGCUCUGCAGGUGGAGCUGCAGGACUGGCAGAGAGACCAGGAGCCUGAUACAGACCACGAGGGUUUCUACCAAACCAGCCUGCCCACCAUCAUCACACAGAUGCUGGAGGAUAACGCUCGGGUCGCUCUGAUGAUCGGAGAAUCCCUGCGAGACCAAACCAUACAGAUGGGGCUGUAUGAGAUGGAGAACCUCUUAAACAGGUUUCGGGAAGCUCUGGUUGAAUUUGGAAAAGAGCAUCGCAGAGAUCYAGGCAACGACAAAAACAAGUUCUACCUCCACUACCUGCUGGCUUCCAUCAGCAACUGCAUCAUCCUGAAGAAGUCCACAGAGAGCCUGCAGCAGCAGCAGUCCUCCCGGGCUGCAGCUCAGUUCUCUCGGACUCCACCCAAYCCUCUGGCGGCUCUGGACCGGGCAGUGCGGCGGGCGUGUCGUCUGGUGAUGGAUCAGCUGCUGCUGGACCUGCAGCCCUUCCUCCCCGGRCUGCUGACCCGACCCUGGCUGGUCCAGGGAGAUCCCACCCCCAAGCUGUGCAGCAUCCUGGAGCUUCACCUGGAGCUGUACGGCCGAGUGCGACCUCCCUGCCGGCAGCGCCUGCAGGAGGAGGCCCAGUGGCUGAUGGUGGUGGAGUACGUCAGGGCGCUGAUGAAGAAGAAGCUGGUGUGUCGCAGCGCUGAGGACAGGAAGCACCUGGCUCAGCAGAUGCUGCAGGACGACCAGCUGCUCCGGGAGGUCUUCCACAGCCUGGAAGGUGAGGGGUCAGUUCCUGAAGUGAACCCUUUGGCUCUACUCCCCGUCCUGGCUGACUUCAUCCGACUCAAAGACCCCGGCAUGCUCACUCUGGAAGUUUCUGGUCUUGCAGCCAAAUACCCCGACAUCAGCGAGGAGCAUGUGACCGUGCUGAUGGACGUCCGCGGUGACGUGUCCAGGGACAUCCGAGGGGCCGUGCUGGACUUACUGGAGCAGAGUGCCCCUCCUCCUCCGGUUGGAUACCGACCCAUCUUCACUGACAUCCUGGUGCCACCCUCCACCCUGGCCUUCUGUCUGCCAACGGCCAAGUGUGCUUGACUGCACGACUCAGACGUGUUGAUGGAAAAGAACAUCUCCAUCAAAGCCUUCCUAACAAUAUCUAAAACUAUCACAAAUCUAAUUUUAUUUAAUUAUUUCAAGGAUUAAGUUGAGGACUUGCUGGUUCAGGUCAAACUUCUUUAUUCUUUGCCAC